AACGUGUCGUGGAAGGGACUGUGCUCCUGUUCCUAGCAGAAGGCAGCUGCGAGGCAGCCGUGGUGUUGUUCAGAGAAGGGCUGUCUGCUGAUGCUGCAUGGGGCUGUUAGUGUGUUUUAAUAUCUGGUUCAUUAGUGCAGCACUCAUGUUUGCAAGGGGAUGAUGCUCUGAGAUGCUGUCAGAAAGGGGUGGUGCGUCCCAAGGAGGUGGCCAUGGCCAGCUCUGUGCUUGCUGCCUUUUUCUUCCAUCAGCGUUUGCUUCCAUCAGUACAGGCUUAUGCUAACUGGAUUGAAGUGCUUAUUAUAAUUUUGUGCUGUGACUCAGAUUAUAGCACAGACUGUUAACGUGGAUGCAAGCCGCAGGCUCACAGAGAUUGGUAGGCAGCUCAGCUAUGUUAGCUGGAAAUAACAGCUGAAAAACCUCCCUUUAAGAGUGAAGAUAGGCAUUAGCCAACAUCAGAAAUCAGUGGUUAGUUCCUGAGAUUGCUAGUUAGAACAUGCCAAAAUUGCAAGCCCUCUGUGAAGGAUGUAUAUGAGAAGAAUCAUUCAGCCAGUGAUACGUUGGGAACAUGUCUGUUUAGUUCUCUUAAAUCAUCUCUCCCUCCUGGUGAAGGCACAAAAAGGAGAUGCAGAUCCCCAUCCACGAUUCCUUAUGAACACAAUUCCCUGCUGGCUGAAUCAGCGAAGGGAUCUGAGUGGCCACAGCUGCCGAGUCCUUCUGAUGAUUUGCAUUCUCCACCUCCUGCCCUUAUUGCAGCAUUGAGUCUGUCCCUCGUUACCAUGGGGCUGCUGGUUGUGAGCUCAGCCCCGUACGGAGGCAUUGUGGGAGAGCUCUGACAACAGGUGCCUUUGUCAGCACACCUUGGCAGCUCCCAUGCAGUGAGCUGGGAGCAGCAGCUGAGUGCUACGUGUUCCUUCUGCAAGGAAAGGAACCCACAGGGCGCCUCCCGAAGCCAAAGAGGAGGCGGUCAUGCAAAGGGCUUCUGAAAACCUGAGCAGGUUUUAGCGUAUCAGGUAUGAUUUUUGUUUGGCGUGGCACAGAGAGCGGCCCUGUGAGCUGGAUGUUGCGUCAGGAUCUGAAUCUGAGCUACCUCUGCCGUGGGAAGCAAUUGCAAAAACUCGGCAUGCCUCUGAAGAGAGACACGGAUCUUUUAAAGCAGCGUUACAGAUACAUUUUGAGUAAAAAUUACCUUCCUUCAUCCUGCAAGGGUUAAGCGUGGUCAGAAGCUGCUUUGGUAUCAAGGGUUUAACCUCAAAUACUGCAUUUUUGUUUGCCAUAAGCCUAUUAGAAUUCUCUGUUUCCUAGCAAUAACGUGUAAUUUCCCCCCUAUUUAAGUGAAAGAGGUGUCGGGUUUUAAUCCUGAACGCUACAGCUGUUGCUCAAGUUUCCUAUUCAAAUGCAAAUAACACCUGGUGCUUUUUGGACACCCAUGUAAUCUGUGAUAAGGAUACUGCAGGAGCGCAGGAAAAAGAGAAGAGCAAGGUGCGUCUUAACCCAGUUUGCUCUGGAAAGCGAAAGUGUAACCAUCUGCUACCGACUCAUUCAACUGGAAACUUCCAGCCGAGCUGCAGCACCCGGCGUGCGCUCCUUGGGGACAGCUGGAAAGAUCGUGCUCCUGAAACAGGUCAGAUUUGCUGCUGGGAUGGACAGAAGGCUUCCAGAGAGAAGAACAUAGCGGAUGUGCCCACGCAGGAGUGCAGAUUUGGUUGGAAGUUUCACCUGAAAGGAGUUUGUUCUGGAGGUGAUCAGUUUGUUUCUGCAGACUGCUUGCUGUGAUUCUCCUGUUUUAAUCCCUGCGCUGGCUUUUGGUGUGUGUCAGAUGUUAGGAUAAACAAAUUGACAUCUCAGAGUAAGUUGGAAGGCAACUAUGCUUUGUAAGGCUCAGAGACAAGAUAGCAUGCUGCUUAAAUAAAAGCAGAACAGUCCUGGGUUCGGGUUAAAAACCUUCCACUGCAAAACUUUUCAGUUGGGUCAUUUUUUUAUUUUUUUUUUUUUAAUUUCACUUGUGGAAGUUCAGGCUUAUUCAAAGAAGGUCCUACAGACUUCAUUGCCUUUUCAACAACUGUUGUACUGUGUUACAAGUGGAACCAAAGGACUCUUCUGGGGCAGGGGGGGGGGUGGGUUGUGGCUUGGUACCGCUACCUUCAUAGCAAGGGUCUGAGUGGCACAAAAUGCAGUUUGGAUUUGUGUAGAAUAAAAGGUGAAUGUUCUUCAGAUUCUGAGGAGAGAUUUAGAAACUCGUGGAAAGCUGAGAAAUGUUUGAAAGACGUCGUCAUAACGCCAUUCUCUGUGGAUUUAGAAAUAAGCCAGGAGAAAACACUUGCUGGGAAGCAAGCUAACCUGCUAAAGAAGGCUACCAGCUUUCAGUGGAGAAAAGCUGAGAGAAGUGCAAAGUUUGAGAAGAACAGAAGCGAUUGCAGUCCUGCCAUCAAGCGCUGGUGGGUCAGUUCUUCCUUAACGCUAAUCUGGUUUGGCUGCUGCUCGUUCCUCUUCAGCCUGAUACUGGAAUUUCAAGUACUUGCGUCUCCUGAAGGCUGAAAAAAUCCGGCUUUUGCAAGCGGACUGCUGAGAAUGUGAGCAGGUGUUCUUCCUGCAGUAAUAAGAGGCACCCUCGAGAGGGAGGUCCGCGCAGGAGGUAUCUGCUAGGUCGGCUCUGCUCCUGACACUCCUUCCUCAUUAGCUCUUCGGGUGGGUGUGAACAACUGACAAAGAGCCGUGCCAAGGCUCAGGCUCGCGCUCCCACUGCUAACGGCAGGAUGAUGGAAGAGGUGUCCAUCAUGGUGGCUUACGACGCACACGUUUUCAGCCAGCUAUGCGAUGAAGACUUUCUGGCCAAUCUGGUGGCAGUCAGCAAGCCCAGAUCUGUGGUGCCAACAAAAAAACUGAAGAAAUAUGAGAGAGAGUACCAAACAAUGCGCGAGAGUCAGCUGCAGCAGGAAGAUCCUAUGGACAGAUACAAGUUUAUAUGUUUGUAGGUAACUCUCCUGCUGUUGCACUUUUACGGGAGACCUUCCUGAGACGCAGAAACAAAGGGUGAUUCUCAGCUACAGACACAGAAAGGAGAAAAUACACAUUGUUCUAGCCCAAGCUGUGUGCAGUAACAUCCACAGAGACUUUUGGAAGAUGCACUCUUCCUUGGCUUGAUAUGUCCUUGUUUCUCAACUCUGUUUAUAGCAAAUGUUAGUAAUUUUAUGUCAGUAUAAUGGCUAGUACAGUGGGACCCAGUGUUCUUCUGGGGUCCUCGUAUACUACUGCAAUAGAAUUAAUAGUCAUAAAUAGCAGCAGAAGAAUAAAGUUCAGUUAUUAAUAUGACAGCUCAAUAGUUGACAAAAAAAAAAUUAGACCUUGAUAAGUUUGGAUCAGCCUUGUUUCCAAUAUGUUUUAUUGUUACUGCUACAUUCUAUUACUGCAGAUUUUUGUGUGAUGGAGGCUCUGCCUCUAGGUUCAUAUUUUACACAGUGUCCAGGAUUCUUUUAUUGCUUACCCAGUAUUAAAAAGAGGUCAGUGUUUCUUGGGAAAAGCUGCCAAAGAUGAAGCACCUUUCUGGAUAUUGCCCAGUUUUGCUGGGAACUGACAUUGCUUAUAUACACCUGUGAUGUUCUCCUGCCGUUCUUCGCUGUGCCUUAUUAUGUUGGUACAAAGUCUGCCCCGAGUGCAGGCUAGUAAAUAAUUACAGGUGCUGCCACAGGUUUACAUGGUAUGUGAGCACAAGGAAAGUGCGGCGUGUUCGUAAAACCACAGUGUGAAAGACUGUAAAUAUGAUAAGAUAGAGUUACUGUGACAAAGAAAGUAAAACUGACUUUAAAGGUAAUAUUUGCUUGUGGAAAAACAGUGUUUUAAGUGUAGUUGUUUUAUGUCAAAGAGUGUAUGUUGUAUUGUUUCUGAGAACUGGGACUGCCAAGAGCUGAUGAUCAGAACAUUGAGAAAAAAACACAACUUGCUGCUGAUGAACUUCUUUUCCAGUGGUUCGCUUCUACUACUGUGGAUUUAAUACUUAAAAGCCAAAGAGGGCUUCUUUAAAGCUCUGUGGAAAUGUAUUAACUGGUUAAUCCUUGGUGAUGGGUGGUGAAGAAUAUCAUCUCCAAACUGCAAAUGAGGGUAUAGAAAGUGGCUCUGUGGUCACUGCCUGUGUGAGUCCCUGUCACGGCCCAGAGCACAGCGCAGCUGUUGGCUUGCACUUGCCCAGCUGCCUUUGUUGGGUCUGCUCUGCUUACUGAUGGUGUGCUUAGGUAGGCUCCGUAACUUGUUAGCUGCACGUUAAAUGCCAAGUUCAGACUCAUUCUUCAGCUGAUUGAUGUGGUGCAGAAAUGCUUGUCGGUGCUCUCUGUCCGUUGUCUUGCUUGCUUGUUUUGUAUUUGUGUGUCAGGCUGAGGUUGGUGAGAAUUGACAUUUCAGGAGAGAUUCCAAAGCGUAACAGGAAAUGCAAGCUGUGGACCCUCAGGGACAGAAUGUGGAGAGCCAGCUUCGCUUGUCCCUUGAAUGAUCACACAGCAGCCCUUGUGUUUGAAAUGCAUUUGGUUUUGGCAGUGUCACUGUUAGACUGCCUGGCUGGGCUUGGUUAGGGAAAUGCCGGAGGCAGCGCUGGUGAAAAGCCAAUAUAUUGCCUCUGAGCACAGCAUUGCUGUUAGCUCCUCUGGCCUUGUGUGCUCUGUGUGCACUCUGCCCUAGAGGUCCACCUUGUUUGUAAUCUUCCACAGCACUGUGUUGCUUACGUUUACUUACCUAGGAAGAGGGGACUGCUCAGACUCAUGGUGCCACUUGGAAUGUUCCUCUUAGAGGUUGAGAAGGAAACAGGCUUGCAGCCUCUUAACAGUUUUUAGUUAUAAUUGUUACAGUUUUUGCUGUUUGCAGUGUGUUGUGCUUUUUGUUGCCAAUAGAUUUGUCAGGACCAUUGGGAUGUACUCAGUGAUGGUGUUGUAUUGGUGCUCCUGACUUGCAGGGAUGAAGGAUGUGUUGAGUAAGACCCUUCCCUGUUGGGGAGCAGAUGAGAGCAAGACCCCCUGUGGUGGCAGCAGGGCUCCAGCCAAGCUGCUUCCUCUUCCUGCUGUCCCUGCUGCCCUGUGAGCAGCAGGGAGAGAGCUCACAGGAGGUGAUGCAGAGAGACUGAGGACCAGUCUGACUUCAGGGAGAGAGACCAUGACCCAUGGAGUGCUUCUUCCUGUCCUGGUAUUCCUGAGCACAGUAACGCUGUGGCUGAGGAGCAGUGCCAGGAAGGAGAUGCCUCGUGCCCGAGGGCAGCUGGGUGCAUCCAGCAGGGUGCUCCUGCAGAGCCACCACCCCCACACUCCCCAUAAACUCCAAAAAAGGGCUACUGUUGCCGUGUCACACCUGCCAUUAACCAGUCACAUUUCCUUGACAGGUUGAGUUUGCAUGCGACAGUAAGAUGUGCUGUAUGAACAGUAUUAACAGGUGCCAUAUGUUCUGGUGUUUAUUUCCUUCUGUAUCUACAGGUAUUAUGUAGGAAAAGUAUAUUUUUUCAUGGUCAGGUAAUUUCAUCUUUCAUUAUUCAUAAGAAGUCAUCAUUCACAAUGCUGUCAGGUUUUUAAAGGGUGCAAAAGUGAACACGUUCUAAAUUGCUCGUUGCCACCAAAUUUCAUACUUUUUAGUUAAAAUAAAGAACAAGUUGCCUAAAAGAGUCAGUUAAAAAAAAGUGACCUGUAUGUGCAGGAAAAAAAAAUAGCAGUAUGGUUCAGAUUGAUAUGUUCUGUAUAUUGUUACAGGUUUGUUUUUUUCUGUGUUUAAGAACAUCUCAUGUAACAGGGCUGUGUUUGACUUGCUAAGAAAUUGCUGAAGUUGGGCUCAGCAGCCUUUUGUUUUAAAUAAAAGGGAGAAUAUCCAGAUAAAGUUGGCUGGACCCUGCUUGUGCCCAAGGCUUUGUUCUGAAGGUAGAAAUGCAUUUUCCUCCAUGGGCUUCAUUGUGCGACAGAGAUGUUGUCUAUCUGAAUAAAUGUGUGACUUGGACAUAAUAGCUUUUUCUGUCUUUGAAGUGGAAGCGUUUUUAUUCAGAGUCAUGGUAACUGAAUGGUAACUGCCAUGUGGGAAAACAUGAGGUAACUCUCGUUGGGAUUUCUUGUUUGUGGGUUGGUUUGGGUUGGUUUUUUUGUUUGAUUGUUUAUUUUUGUUCAAUUUGUUGAAAGUGCUAGUGCCCUUCUGGGACCUCAUGUUCACAGUCAACAAGGAAAGACACAGACCACUUCCAGGAGCCUCUGAGUUGCUUCCCACAAAAGGUUUUCCUGGGUAGUGGUGUAAAAGCCUUUUGGCUUUCUAGAUGGUGUUUCUCAGGGUUUUCCUUUAGAGCUGCCCUUGCAAUCCAGGGCUCUUCCCAAUGGGCUUACAAAGACUUGAGUUUGAUUGCAUCAGGAAAGUGAAUUGUAAGCAGUGUUUUCAUUCCACCACUGAGGACCUGUUCUUGCCAAAGAUCUGUGGUUUGAGUGUUUGCUUACCCCAAGAACGUGACACUGAAUUGCUUAACAAGGUUUGUGACUCGUUACACCCAGCUUGAGUAGCAGCAUAGAGAGGAUGCAUCAUCAUCACUGAUCGUGUCUGGUAUUGCUCCUUUGUGCUGGCUGGUUGGGAGCAGAGGGUGGAGUUUCAGCCCUUCAGUCUCCCUGAACUGAGGCUUGCCUCCUGCUUUCAAAUUUGCCUUCUUUCCAUCAAGUGUGUGAUGGAAGCUGGACAGUAUCCUCUUUAAAAAAUAGGAACUAAAGACCCUCUGAAGAAUUGGCAACUUUUUUUUUUUUUCUUCUGAUUUUGCUGGUAUUAAAAAUAUUUUAUAUCCUGUUUUCACUGUCUUUACAUCAAUGGUUGAAAGCAGUAUUUGGUCUGUGACUUUGCUGGAGGUAAGUUUCUUUGUGUUUGUUCGUACCAGCAAUGUUUGUCCCUCUUGGAAAUGCAGUAUCCUCCUUUUAAAAGAGUUCACGGGAUGCUUUUUGUAACAGGAAGGAGGAAUUUAGGAAAGAGGGAAUAUCAUGUUUUAAUGAUCGUAGGAACUGGGCAGUGCUGAUGAGAAGGAAAUUGUCGGCACAGUCAGUGAAUUAUUAGCAGUGUGCAAAAAAAAGGCAGGAAGCUGGCUGCUUAUACCAAAGACAUCUAGCAGGUCUGACGUGUUGGCUCGUGCCAGGUUAUAAAAUACUGCCUGUGAGUCCUGCUGGAACAAACCAGCUCCAUCUAUUGAACUCUGUUCCAUUGCAACUGGUAUUUUAUAAAACCUGUAUGUAUUUCAGAGCCAUCGGAAGUAGUCUGCUAGAUACAAAAAGCACCAUUUGAUAUUUUGAUCUUUGUUGUAUAACGUUAGGUUUUAUUUAGACUUAAGCAGAUGAGAGUUUCCUCCUGAGGAAGGAGGCAGUUUUUCACUGCUAGAUCAGGGGGGAGGAGCUGGAAAGGACAAACCAUCUAAUUGUGCACACUGCCCUGUAUGGAGGAAGAGUAAAGGUGGCCCAAUGAGAGACUCAGCUCUUAGCUAUUGACUGGAUG